UCAAAGUCAACCUACCAACCACAAAAGGCCCAUUGUAACCAUUGAGCAACCUCAAAUUACAGUAUCUCUUAAUGUUCCUCUUGUUCUUAUCGUAUCAUCUCCUUCGAUCAUCAUCCCAAUAUUUUUCUUUUCUUCAAACGCAAAAAAUAUAUAGGAUUUGUGCAUGGACCGGAGACCAAACCGGCUAAAGCUUUGUCCUCAUGAACCCUAAAGGUAGAAUAAGUCUCAAACGUUCAAUCACCGGUCAUCAUGGUUCGAUAUUACAGCUACACCUCUUUCUCCUACUCUUCUCCGGCCAAGCUUCGGCUCAAGCCACUCACGGCGGUUCAGAUAUGUAUAGAGAAAGCUCCCGGUUCGACCCAACCAUGGCAAUACUCAUGAUCGUCCUCGUCAGCGUUUUCUUCGCUCUAGGGUUCUUCUCCGUAUAUAUCCGUAGGUGUCUCGAGCGAGUCAUGGGGAUGGACAAUACACACCCCGCUAACGCCGGCGGAAACUGGCUUUCUCUGAGCCGCCCGCAAGCGCGUGGACUUGACGCGUCUGUCAUUGAGACUUUUCCUACGUUCAGAUACUCAACGGUGAAGGCGCUUAGGAUAGGCAAAGAGGCCCUUGAGUGUCCUGUCUGCUUAAACGAGUUCGAAGACGCUGAAACGCUGCGUUUGAUUCCUAAAUGUUGCCACGUAUUCCAUCCGGGCUGUAUAGACGCUUGGCUUCGUUCUCACGCCACGUGUCCUCUCUGCCGCGCCAAUCUCGUCCCCGUACCGGGAGAAUCGGUUGCUUCUAUCCAGAUACCCGGUUUAGCAGAUGAAGCUCCCCGUUCUGAGUUAACCGGUGAUCGAAUUACGGUUUUGGGUUCUCCGGAUGCGAGAUUGAUUGACUCGGUGGCGUUGACCGGUAACCAGAGUAUGCCACGUAGGUCUCUGUCUACCGGUUGGAAUUUAGCCGGAAUUUUCACUAAUUCUGAUUGGACCGGUCAACAUGGGGAGAAUCUCGACCGGUUCACACUUAGGUUACCGCAAGACAUUCACAAUAAGCUAGUGAACCCAAAUCUUUCAAAAGGCCACCUAGCGUUACCUCAGGUGAUGAGUUCAGCAAGAGGAUACCGAACCGGAAGCCUAGAGACUGAUGCAAACUAUUUCUACUAUGAACGGUUUGACCAAGGUGGUCGGUUAGACCGCAGACCGUUCUCCAUGACUCCUCCUUACCGGACAUGUUCGAUCAAUACUUCUCCGGAUGGCGGUGGUGAUCAGGUGCGUGCUGGUACACCAAAAGGUUUGCUUCUAGCUAUGAAAUCACCGUUCGAUCGGUUGUUUCUUGGAAUGAACAACAUUGGUGAACGUUCAUCAAACAAUAACAUCGGUGAACGAGUCUAGUCAUGUAGCUAUGUAGAUCAAUAACAUCGGUGAACGAGUCUAGUCACCAACGUAGCUUCGCCCCUGUUCGUCGGAUCACCUUCGUACCGUCGACGCUAGUCAUGUAGCUGUGUAGAUCAAUUUAUGUUAAUUGGUUUAUUUGAGAAAGCCUUACUUUAUACAUAUUUCAUUUUUACUUUCGCAUUCUGUAUUUUCAGUUUAAUGUUACGGAAAGAGGUCCGCAUCUUUGGUUA